UGGCUUCCACUAGUCACCACCACUUGCAUCAUCAUGUUCUCAAGCAACCGGCUGCCAGUCACGUAUGACAUGGAGAGUCAGGCGGAGCUUCAACAAUGGGUGGUGGCAGUGUGCUAGGCGGUCCUGGUACUCUCAUGAGCACAGCGGGCAAUAGUGUUGGGGCUCCACCUGGUAGCUUAAUGCAUAGUUCUGGUGGCGGCGGUGGUAAUGCCAGCGUUAAUACACCUGGCAGUAAUGUAUAUGGCAACGGCAGCGGCGCUGGCAAUGCUGGCAGCAAUAGUACAGCUCCCGUUUCGGUAGUAGUAUCAUUACCUGGCGGCCCAGGCGUCCAGCACCCGGGUCAGGCAUUAAGUGAUUAUGGUCCUAUAUAGUUAAUGGUACGACCGGACACAAAUCAUUGGGUAUCUACAAGUAGUUUUAGUCAGCUGUAAAGUGUGCAAAAGUGAAGCGAUAUAAGUAGUUAAAGUAGUAGUGUUUCUUUCAUAUAAAAAAAACUUUGCCGUUCGCAUAAGAGAGUGAAAGGAACUGACUCAUGUUGUUGCCAUCAUCUCGAGAAUUUCUCCAAAAUACUAUGAAGAAAUUUACUUUCAAUUUACACUUCCCAAACUUGCCCAUCUUCCCCAAAAUUUCAUCUAUCACCGUGCUCUCUCUCUCUCUCUCUCUCUCUCUCUCUCUCUCUCUCUCUCUCUCCCUCUCUCUCUCUCUCUCUCUUUCUGUUUCUCUUUCUUUCUUUCUUUCUUUCUUUCUCUCUUUUUAACCCAAAAAUAAGACGCCAUAUUAAUUUAUAGUUUACAUUUUAAAAUUUAUAUAUAAUAUGUAUAAAAGAAAAA